CUUCAAAUCUUUUUUUCCCCUCUCCCUCUCUAGUCCUGUGUGGCUCUCUCUCUCUCCCUCCCUCCUUUCUUCUUGUAUUCCUCUUGGGGCAAAAACAACAAUAAAAACAACAAGACCCCAAUAGUUGGCUUUUUUCCCCCCUCCCUGCAAAAAAGUUGUUCUUCCUUCACAAUCAGAAUCACAAGGCAAGCAACAACACCUCCUCCCUCUUUCAUCUUCUCAUACCAGCUGAUCCUUCAUCAUCUUCAUCAUUUGAAGCCAGGUGCCAGAAAAGUCAACAAAACAGUUGCUCUGUCUGUUUUGCCACACACAUGUGGAUCCAGAUCAUCUGAUAAUAAUCUCUAAACCAGAAAGACUUGUUCUUUACUUUCCUUUGUUCUGCCACUUGCACUGCCUCAAAAAAUGGAGAGAGUUCUGAAGCCUUAUGACAAGGAAUACAUGAGACUAGCCAUGCUAAAGCAUGAAGAAACAUUCAAAGAACAGGUAUAUGAACUCCACAGGCUGUACAGGAUCCAGAAACUAAUGAUGAGAAGCAUUGGCAAAACCAACAAGAACACCAACAACAACCAACAUCAGAUUCCCUCCAAUAAGCACCAGGAGUUGUGGAAUAAUGGAUUCAGUUUCAACUCCAGGAGCAACAAUGUCACCAACAUUGUAGUUGCUCCUCCUCCUUCUAAUCAUCUUCAUCAUCAUCAUCAUCAUCAUCAUGACAAGUUAGCAGUGAAGCUGGACUUGGAAAGAAGGCCAGCAGCAGAGGAAUUCGCAGAGUCCAACGGGGAUCAUGUUGAAGAAGAAGAAAGGAAUGGAACAGUUGUCAUGGAGGAGUGUGAGAUUGAGCUAACACUGGGGCCAGCUAGUUACUGUUCAAGGAGGAAGAAACUAUGUCAAGAGGAGACAGCGUUGACUUCAGAAUCAGGAGGUGGAAGCCUGUCUUCAUCUUCAACCGGGUCGAGUCGUAUUAACAGGAGGAGCAAUAAAUUAGGCAGCAGCAGAGUAGAUGAUCCGGAAAAUGGGAUGAUGAAGAAGCAGAAGCAGAAUAGCAAUGUUGAUAAUAAUGAACAGCUGACAAGGCAACAACAACAGGAUAGUAGAUUAAAGCAGCAGCAGCAGCAGCCUCCCUGGCUUUACCAGGUUCUCAGCCUCAAAAUGACUUGAAAUAACAAAUAAAGUAUCAAGUCAGCUUGUGAAUUGGAUGGUAGUCUGGAAAGAUGGGGUUUUUUUUCUUCUUAUUCUUCUGGUUUUCUUUUCCAUGGUUAAUUUUUCCUUUUUCAUGGCUAGAUGGAAGGGUUUCAGGAAGGAUAUGUCAGGCUUUGGUGUAAAGAUGACUGACUGCUUUGUUUUUGAGCUCUCAAAUCAACUAGUCUUAGUUAGCUACCUCCAGGUUUCUUUAAUUGACUACUUCCCUCUUUGCUGAUUUUCAGGGUGGCAAUCUGAAGUUUUAACUC